AUGCUACGACUAAAGGAUGGGGGUGAACAUUCCAAAUCCUAUCAUCAACCUGAUGCUGGGCUUUUAAGAACACUUGUUCUCAAUUGGUACGAUAUUCACCAACGACGAUUACCAUGGAGGAAAGAGUGGGAUGGCAGCAAAGCUCUGUGUAAAGACUGGCUGUCACAAAGGGCAUAUGAAGUGUGGGUCUCUGAGAUCAUGCUACAACAGACACAAGUAGUAACUGUUGUGCAGUACUAUCAACGCUGGAUGCAUGCAUGGCCUACUAUUCAUAGUCUGGCUGCUGCUAGUUUAGAGGACGUCAAUAAAAUUUGGUCUGGAUUGGGAUACUAUUCGCGAGCCAAACGACUCUAUCAAGGUGCUCAGAUCGUUGUAUCCAAGUAUGGAGGUCAUCUACCAAGAACAGCUGAAGAGCUAGAGCAAUGUAUUCCUGGAAUUGGCCCGUACACUGCUGGUGCUAUUGCAUCGAUUGCAUUCAAUAUCCCAUCCCCUUUGGUCGAUGGCAAUGUAAUUCGUGUUCUGUCCAGACUCUGUGCUUUUGGAUCCGAUCCAAAAGCAAGAUCUUCGGUCAAGGAAACUGCUAAAGAGAUUGUAGAUCCACACAUGCCUGGAAAUUUCAACCAAGCGCUGAUGGAUCUAGGAGCAACUGUGUGCACACCAAAAGCACCACAAUGCAAUACAUGCCCACUACAAUCUCAAUGCAUGGCUUAUAUUGAACAAGAGCAAUUCCAGCAUAUAUCUGACACCACUACUCACGAAUCACAAACUCGUCGAGAUAUCCAAGAUACACCAUGUACUCAUUGUCCUAUGAUCAGUGUUGCAAAUAUAGAAGACUGGCCCAUCACUCGAUACCCACUCAAAAUAGAACGCAAACCACCACGACAACAACAUUGUGCUGUUGUCGUGGUUGAGCGUCUACUCGAGUCGCAGGCCAAUCAACUUUUGGUUUUGAAAUCUCCAGAAACUGGUUUGUUGGCAGGACUAUGGGAUUUUCCA